AUGGAACCUCACAAAAAGACCCCCAUCAUCGGCUUCGACUUCGGAGCUACGUUUUCCAAGGCGACUGUGUUGAUACCUCGCAGACACGGCAUGCAGUUCCACUGUGAAACUAUGGUGCCGACUAUUCUGGCCAUCGACGACAUGCCGCGCGAUCUCACAUACAUCACAGGGACCGAGCAGGAGGCAUCCGACAAAACGCUGGAGAAUUUUAAGCUGUCCCUCAUGGAGCCGGACAUGUCCCGUGAUGAACGUUCGGAUCGAAGGCUUGUCGAUUUUAUUCGACAGAGCGUGUUCAACAACGCGCCAUCUGGCAUCUCACCAACUGUUACGGUAUCGGCUUUUUUAAAAGGCCUUUGGGACAAGUUCAAUGGGGAUGUGGCCCGGCAGAUCCGGCUUCCUCACCCCUACCCCUUGAGCAUGGCGAUCACGUACCCUUCCUGUUGGGAUGAAGGAGAGCUUGGACGUCUGAAGACGGCGGUUGUCAACGCGGGAAUCCCGACCUCAGCGAAAUACGUCUCGGAGCAAAAGGCCGCCAUGUACGGGAUCCUCCAUACACAAAAGGCCAAAAUCUCGCAGGAUCUCAAGGAGGGAGAUUCGAUCAUCGUCGUCGACUGCGGAGGAUCCACGAUGGAUUCUGCGCUUUACAAGCUAAAGAAGAGCCCAGCCCAAAAUUUAGCCCCGGGAGACUUUUUGGAUAAAGAGUCAACUCUUUACGGCGCGAUAUCCAUGGAUUUGGCCUUUGAGGCCUUGCUCUCGGAGACACUCUCGCGACGGACCAUCCCGGCGAGCCUAGAUGCAGAUCGGGUGAAGGAUGCUGCCCAGUGGUACUGGAAGGAAAGCAAGACGACAGGGAUUAAAUUUCAGUCCCUGGCACUCUUCAAUGGCAGUCUGACCGUCCCGUUCCCGGGGGGGAAUUUCCCUUCGGGAUUAAUCCAUCCUUGCUCAUUCUCUGCAACCAGCGAUGGGAUUUAUUGUAUUUUCCAGGAAGCCGUGGAGCGUGUCGUUGGAGUGUGCACCCGCUUCAAUCACUCCGCCAGGGCUCACCAAUCGACUGCAAAGGUUGUCUUCCUUACUGGAGGGUUUUUCGAAAUCGCGUCGCUCGCAGACGACAUCAAGCAGAAGCUCAAGUCAGUUCUGGGCGACGGGCUGCAGGUGAUCGUACCAUCCGAUCCAUCCAGGCUUGCCAGGCGAUUGGUGGUUGCCCGUGGCGCAGCCUUAUGGCUAAACGAAGAUCCAGAGCGCCCGGACGAGAUCUAA